AUGGAUAACAAGAUGACGAGCAGCAGCAUGAUGGUCGUCCAUGGCGGCUCGGAGAUGGACUCGUUGCUUAGGCGGCAGCAGGAGCUCGUGAUUCAGCUCCGAGCGCUCAUUCUUCCUGCGCUUCGCGACAGCAGGUCAGCCGGCCUCGCCGUCGACCUCUUUGAUGGCGUGAUUGACUGCAUCAAUGGCGUCAUCUCCAGGCUCCAGAGUAUCACCGCCGCAGGCGGUGAAUCGGCGGCGGCCUUCGUCCUCGGCGACGUUAUCUCCAACGGCGCCGGCGAGGGACAAGAGGAGAAGCCCGUGAUCAGCAACGCUGGUCAGAAGAGAAGGAGGAACAACGAAAAGCGAUCAAGAUCACUUGUAACGAUUGUUCCACAUUAUGAUGGCCAUCAUUGGAGAAAAUAUGGCCAGAAGAAAAUCAACGGGAGGCAACAUGCUAGGAGCUACUACAAAUGCGCCUACACGGAACGGAACUGCUCAGCAACCAAGACAAUCCAACAACAGGAGCAUAACAGAACUCUUAAUUGUGAAGAUGAAACUCCGAAGUACAUUGUUGUGUACUAUGGUCAUCACAGUUGUAGGGAUGAAAACACUAGAAAUGGCACAAACAACGACCCUUGUAUGGACCUAACUCAAAGUGGCAAAAUAGCUGGAGCAGCGACAGACUUCGAAAAGUUUGACCAGGGGGACUUGGACAUGUCGUCUCUAAUGGAGGUGUUCGACAACCCUGAGCUGAAUUGGAACAUCAUUUGCUAG